AUGACGGGCAGUCGUAAUAGGGAAAUAAACUCGGAAGUAGGGGUUCGCGGGGACGGCGAGAAGCACACGGUUCAUUGGUUUCGUAAAGGCCUGAGACUGCACGAUAAUCCAUCGUUGAGGGAGGGUCUUGCCGGGGCAUCCACGUUCCGGUGCGUCUUCGUUUUGGAUCCAUGGUUCGCUGGGAGCACCAACGUUGGCAUCAAUAAAUGGAGAUUUUUGCUGCAAUGCUUGGAAGACCUCGACUGUUCCCUCAGGAAACUGAAUUCCAGGCUGUUUGUGAUACGUGGACAACCGGCGGACGCUUUGCCGAAACUCUUCAAAGAAUGGGGCACUACGAAUCUGACCUUCGAGGAGGAUCCAGAACCGUUCGGACGCGUACGGGAUCAUAAUAUUUCGGCGCUCUGUAAGGAGCUUGGUAUUUCGGUGGUCCAAAAGGUCUCUCACACUCUGUACAAGUUGGACGAGAUCAUCGAGAAAAACGGAGGGAAGCCGCCGUUGACGUAUCAUCAAUUCCAAAAUGUCGUCGCCAGCAUGGACUCGCCGGAACCGUCGGUGCCGACUGUGACUUCCGUCUGUGUCGGUUCCGCGUACACUCCUUUGAAGGAGGAUCACGACGACCAUUACGGCGUCCCGACGCUCGAGGAGCUUGGCUUCGACACGGAAGGGCUUCGACCACCUGUGUGGGUGGGUGGUGAAAGCGAAGCGUUGGCACGGUUGGGUCGGCACCUCGAGAGGAAGGCUUGGGUGGCCAGUUUCGGCAGGCCGAAAAUGACCCCGCAGUCCUUGUUGCCCAGUCAAACGGGUCUAUCGCCGUACUUACGAUUCGGAUGCCUGAGUACCAGGCUAUUUUAUUAUCAGCUCACCGAUCUCUACAAAAAGAUCAAGAAAGCCGUGCCGCCGCUCUCGUUGCACGGUCAGCUUCUGUGGCGCGAAUUCUUUUACUGCGCCGCUACCAAAAAUCCGAAUUUCGAUCGGAUGCAGGGUAACCCGAUUUGCGUGCAAAUACCUUGGGACAAGAACGUCGAGGCGCUCGCCAAGUGGGCAAACGGCCAAACUGGAUUCCCGUGGAUCGACGCGAUCAUGACCCAGUUGAGAGAAGAAGGCUGGAUCCAUCACUUGGCUAGGCACGCUGUCGCUUGUUUCUUAACCAGAGGCGACCUUUGGAUCUCCUGGGAAGAAGGAAUGAAGGUGUUCGACGAGCUCCUGUUAGAUGCAGACUGGUCGGUAAAUGCAGGAAUGUGGAUGUGGUUGUCCUGUAGCUCCUUCUUCCAGCAGUUCUUCCACUGUUAUUGUCCCGUGAGAUUCGGCAGGAAGGCCGAUCCGAAUGGAGAUUACAUCAGACGGUACUUGCCGGUUUUAAAAAGCUUCCCCACGAGAUACAUCCACGAACCGUGGAACGCCCCGCUCAGCGUGCAGCGAACCGCCAAAUGCAUCAUCGGGCAAGAUUACUCGUUGCCGAUGGUCAAUCACAGCAAGAGCUCGAGGAUCAACAUCGAAAGGAUGAAGCAGGUGUAUCAGCAGUUGAAUAAAUAUCGUGGGAACGGAGCUUCUCUUAAAGGAGAGACCGUUGGUGAGUAAUAUUUCUGUUCCUUAAAACAUCUUUCACGGUCUCGCGAAUCUAUGUAAA